AUGUCUGCCAUGUCGCUCCUCGUUAAAUCGCCGCUACCCAAAGCAUCCAUACCCAACUACCCCCCACCUACACGCGCGCUCACCGACUGUCGUAUGUCCAUCGAGAACCUCAAGACCUUCGACCCGUUCGCGGAAGCGGAUGAAGAUACCGGCCAGGUCAAGCAGACUCAGCAGGACUACAUUCAUAUUCGUAUCCAACAGCGCAAUGGCCGCAAGACCUUGACGACUGUCCAAGGUCUCCCCAAGAAAUUUGACCAGAAGAAGAUCCUCAAGGUGAUCAAAAAGAAGUUUGCCUGCAAUGGCACCAUUGUAAGCGACGCCGAGAUGGGCGAAGUCGUCCAACUCCAGGGCGAUCAGCGCAAAGACGUCCAGGACUUCUUGACCGACAAGAAGGAGGGACUUGGUCUCGAUGCGAAGACGAUCAAGGUCCACGGUUUCUAG